UCGCCCGGUUCAUUUUAAAAUCAGAUGAUUAUAUUUUUCUCAAAUUACAAUGAAAACAAAACUUGAAUAAAAUACAUAGUGAUAAUAUUUGAUUUACUUUAAAAGCAACGACCAAAGAAAAUUGAGGUUAUAAUUGACGAACUGGUCGUUUUGUUCAAUACUACAGCGGAUUUCUUCUUCAGGAUUAUUUUCACGAUUUGGCGGUAUUAUAAAACUAAUUUAUCAAGUUAUAGUGAUAGUUUAAAAUUGCGAUGAUUUUCAUAUCUUUAUAAACUUUGUGUAAUGUUGUGUCAUCCAAAACAUAACGUAUAUGUUUUAAAGAACAUUUACAGUACAAUUUGUCUGGAGUGAAAACAAAAAAAUGUUUGUUAUUAAAAGGUUUUGACUCUGUAGAUGCUGAUUUCGGUAAAAUGUAAAAAAGGAUCUCUUCAUAGUGGCGUUUGCUAUGCAUUAGUGUCGUUUGGGUAUAUUAGUUAUGGUAUAUUGAAAGACACAUUGACUGUAUACAUGUAUGGUUUUCACAAUUGUUGAGAGAAAACAAAAUCAUAGUUUAUUCAACAUGUUUAAGCGAAAACAAUAUUUUGUCUCCCUAAACCAUCCAAUGAAUUUGGAGUACUUUGCAAAUUUACCGAUGUGUACACAACAUGCUCCCUCGGAUGAUAUUAUCUGUCGUGUUUAAAGUUACACCGCUGGGUAAUAAAAGAUACAGAGACGGUCAAAUGGACUUAAAGUACUAAAGAUCGGCUAUAAUGCAGGCAGUGACGUUAAGCAGAAGAUGUUAAGUGUAUAUUUAUCAAUACAUUCUUUUUAAAGGAUUCACCUAAAAAUACAGCGGCAACGAGAAACAGAGCAAUGCAUUAACAUGAUCUAUGGAUCACACUGUAAAGCAGUUACCCCUGAACCUACAAACACAAAAGGUCGUAUUAUUGCUAUGUUUACUUUGUGCCCUCUACAUUUUUAUCGUGUAUCAAGUAUCAAAUGGAGAAAGAAAUUCGUCAUCAGUUAACAACCCACAGCCAGUCAAUAGGAUUAACUACCGUGACGAUUGGAGCUAUAACACCUCACUCGGAGGGGAAUUGAAGGUCUUUAAGGAAUCAGUUAACAAACAUAAGGGCUCCAGUUCUGAUGACUUUAUAAUCAACAACCUCUUGAAUGAAGUUAUCAGCGAAGAAGAAGCUUUAAAAUACAAACCAUGUACAGAUCCGAAUCUUGCUGCAAAUCGUACUCUAUCUACAUUAACAAUUUUAGGUUCUCAAAAUAAGGCGUAUGACAUAGGAGACAAAAUAUAUGUGCAGGCUACGUUAUAUGACUCCUAUGGAAGACAGAAAACUACUGGAGGAGAUCAUCUUCGUGCAAGGAUAUCAAAUGCAGCUUUGAACGCCUUCGCACCAGGAGUGGUAUAUGACCUUAGAAAUGGGUCGUACACUAUUGUUUUUGAAGCUUUAUGGAGCGGUAAAUCAUAUAUAUCAGCAACUAUAGCAUACACCAGGGAGGCAAUAACGGCUCAGUAUAGACUGACGUCAGCUCAAUUUGCCUUGAGACUCAUUUUGGCGAAGUACAAAAGUCAGCAGUAUCACGAAGACGCUGUGUGUCAUCCAGACGACAAACAUUUACUUGUGAAAACCAAAUAUAAAGAUGUGUGUAACUUUACGAGCUUGAAUUCCGGAAUGCCAUGGUACUGUGGGAAACCUCUGAAUCCAAAGUUACAGUGCAAUGACUGGACCUUAGUGAAACAUUUGCUCCCAAAGUGGCCAAAGUCGAUCAGCAUUUGUGAAAAGGAGAUUUUAGCUUCUAGAUCCCACCAGGUUUUGAAGAAAACAAUUUCAGUGGUGGUAAAAGAACACGCACAAUACAAUGGUUCGAAAAUCACUAACUACUAUCAACCAAGUAUUUCCUGUUCAAGAUAUAAUACCACUAAACUUUGGUAUGAAAAAUAUUCUACUGGAUUUUUCAUCAACGGGCGUUGGAACCUGCGACAUUGCAAAGGGUUUCAUCGUGCUAACUUUCAAAAAUGUUUGAGAAACAAAAGGCUUUACCUCAUAGGAGACUCAACGACACGCCAAUGGUACGAAGAUAUGUUGAAACGAUAUAACUGUACUCAGUAUACAGAACAAUGGAGGUAUGCCAAGUGGAAAAAACCUUCAGGUUGUAAGGUCGCAAGCAAUAACUUUACGGUUAUCUUGACUACGCAUUGUCAACCUUUUUAUGUUGGAACAUUUUGGAUAGACCCAAAAUACACCCUCAUAUCAAUUCCAAAACGACUUGAAUUAAUAGAAACAAACGAAGAAGCAAUAGUUUUAAUUCAUAUAUUUGCACAUAUGGUACCAUUUCACCAGAAAUAUUACAGGGAUAAAAUGAAAAGAAUUCGGGCUGGUGUUGAGAAACUUCUUAAAAGAAAUAGCAACGUGAAAAUUUUCAUCAAAAUGCCGCAUACAUAUACUAGCGUACAUGUUGAUAAUGGUGCAAUAAAUGAUUUUCCCGGCUAUAUUUUUUCACGUAUAAUAGUUGAAACAUUUAAUGGGUUAUAUGAUAAAGUUGUAGUUCUUGAUAACAAAGACGCGACAAUUUCAGUCGCUUCACAAUCUCUACAUCCACAUACGUUUGUAGUAGCGUCUAUGGUUGAUCAAAUGUUUAGCUAUAUUUGUGAAUAAAUCAUAAGUAAGAGACAAAGCUGUUAACCAUUCCUCCAAGAUCUUCACUGGAACCAACAACCUGCAGUUGAAGAAGUAUAAGGGAAUUUAACCAGCAGUGCUCAAGGAACGCUGACCCCUGAAAACAAACGCUAUAGAAGUUUAUUAGUAUGUACGUGCAUGACACUUCAAAGUUUUAAAGGGACAAAAACCAACGAUGAAAAUAAUAGCAAAUGACGGGAAAAUAUGAACGACGUGUUUGAAUUGUUAGUGGCAAAACCAUUCUUUUUAACAAUGUUGUUACAAACUGAACAAAAUCAAAAAUGCAUAUUACUUUUGGAUUAAAGGCUAUUUUACAUGA